CGUUUUUCCAUGUCCUGCCACGCCGCAGUCUACAUAAAAUAAAUAUCCCCUUCUACUCCUCUGCCUUACUCCUUCCGACUUCUGCCACCGCCCACCGUUUCCCUUUUGCUUUGGGGGGAAAUUUCAAAGUUGAAAGACCAUCUCUGGCGACAGAGGUCUUGCCUUCGAGAUUUCCUCGCCAGCAACAGGAAUAUAGGCCUAUAAGAGGAAAUGGAGCAGAACCAACGUGGAUGCCAAGCUCCGAAACUUUGUGCCAACAACUGUGGAUUCUUUGGAACUGCAGCUACCAUGAACUUGUGUUCCAAAUGCCACAAGGACCUGGUAAUGAAGCAACAGGGAGAUAAACUUGCUUCGUCACCGAAUGGGAGUAUAUUAGAUGGCAGCCCUGGCAACAACCAUGAGCCUGUUUCUGUUGCCGUAGACCCACAGAGUACCUCAGUCAAGUCGACAGCCAUUACAGCACAGGCAAACUCUGCUUCAAUAUCUAUGAACACAGGUCGUGAAGAGGAAGUGAAAAGAGGGCCAAAUAAGUGCAGUAUCUGCGGGAAACGUGUUGGUUUGACAGGGUUUACUUGCCGAUGCGGAGAUCUUUUUUGUGCGGUUCAUCGCUAUUCUGACAAACACGACUGCCCUUACGAUUAUCACUGUGCUGCUCGGGAUGCCAUUGCCAAAGCCAACCCUGUUCUCAAGGCCAAUAAGCUUGAUAAAAUCUAAAGGGUCUCCAGUCUCUCUAGCAGUCUGUUCCAUGUUCCACACGUGAGUUGCAGAGUCCGGCGUCUGUCUCGCGGGAGGAAGGAACAUGAGAUCUUAUCUGCCGAUGGUGGGUGAGAAUGUAAGGAUCCUGGCAAUGUUUAUGUAGCGCGCAUAAUUGGCUGGUUUAAUGGAUCUUGUCUUUAUUUUUUGGCAUCAGAUAUUUUUAUUUUUGUUACUUCUUGCCUUACUUCUUUGCUUUCUUU